UGUUUCCGUACAAAUGCAGAGACCAGCGAAGCGUCAGCGCGGCCGCCAUUACUGCACAUCAAGAUUGAGUCAUGGACCCCCGUACCAGUGCCCAGGACAUGAUGCAAUGUGACCUGUGUGAGACCGCUGUGAUACAGAUGCACUGUGAUACAUGUUUUGUCAACCUGUGUAAGGCCUGUGUGGGAGAACACUUUUCUGCUGAUCUCUCAAAACCUCAUAAAAUUGUUCACUUUAAGAACAAAAAUAAGUCUACUCUUAUUCACCCCAGAUGCACGUCUCAUGAAGAAGAAACAUGUAAGAUAUUCUGUACCCAUUGUGAUGUUCCUAUCUGUACUAUUUGCCUUGCCUCGGAUCAACAUCUCGGACAUAAACUAGCAAGGAUCCUGGAAAUUCGAGACAAGAAAAGGGAUAAACUCAUCAAAGAACAAACUGAACUGAAAGAAAAGAUUUAUCCAAACUACCAGGUCAUUGCCACUGAUGUACAAAACAGAAUGAGUCAGUUAGAAAAGGAAUAUGGAGAUCUCUCAACAGCCAUAACAAAACAUGGAGAGGACUGGCACAGAGAAAUUGACAAACAUGUCAAGAAACUUAAAGCUGAAGUUGAUGAGAUGAAAAACACACAGUUACAAACUCUACAGAAUUAUCUGGAUGGAAUAAACAAGACAAUGUCUGACAUCAAGGAUGAAAUCAAUUCAGUUGAUAGUGUUCUGGAAUCUACAGAUAUUUCAAGCCUAUUCAGUGUGCCUUCCACCCUAGAUAGGUAUACAAACCUUCCAAGAAAAAUUACAGUCACCAUUCCUAAAUUCAUCCCAAAGAAAUUGCAGGCAGACCAACUGUUUAGUCUGGAAACAAUUUCGUUAAAAUCAGAUGAACAUGACGACAGCAUGAAGACAACUCAGAAAUCACCAGAAGCUGUAUCCUCUCCUCCAGUCAAACAGCUGCUUGAUGAACCAGAGACUGUCACCACCAUACACACUGGAUAUACAGAAGCUGGAUCCUCUCCUCCAGUCAAACAUCUGCUUGAUAAACCAGAGACUGUCACCACUAUAAAAAUAGACAUACAUUUUACGUUGCUUCCAUUCCUUUACUAUGUUGCCUGUCUGAGUGAUGAAGAAAUCUGGACAAGUGGAAAUGACAGAACCAUGAAACUCUACAGCAUCAAUCAGGGAUCACUACUCAAGCCAAUCACAACCAAGUCAGGGAACGAUCCAACUGACAUAGCAGUGACAAAAAGUGGAGAUCUAGUUUAUACAGAUUACCAUGAUAGAAUUGUGAACAUUGUGAAGAAUGAGAAGAUAGAGGAGGUGAUCAGACUACAGAACUGGAGACCUAAAGGUAUCUGUAGUACCUCCUCUGGUGACCUCCUGGUUAUCAUGGAAAGUGAUGAUAUCAAACAAACAAAAGUUGUCUGUUACUCUAGCUCCACAGAGAAACAAACCAUUCAGUUUGAUGAUAAAGGUAAACCUCUCUAUUCAUUUGGUCGUUUUAACACAUACUGCAUAACAGAGAACAGGAACCUGGAUAUCUGCGUGUCUGACAGUGGAGCUAACGCAAUAGUGGUGGUCAAUCAGACCGGGAAACUGAGAUUCAGGUACACUGGACAUACUCCUGCUCCAAAGAACGAACCAUUCAAUCUACGAGGAAUCACCACAGACAGUCAGAGUCACAUCCUUACAGCUGAUUAUUAUAAUGAGUGUGUCCACAUCAUAGACCAGGAUGGACAGUUCCUCCGUUACAUACACUGUGCACUGAGUAGACCCUGGGGUCUGUGUACAGAUACAAAUGACAAUCUGUAUGUUGCUCAGUAUGGAAACAGACAAGUGAAGAAAAUCAAGUAUCUGCAGUGACUGAGUAAUCCCGAGGGACUUUGUACCGAUACAAAUGACAAUCUGUUACUCAAAGGAGUAAUAAUCAAGCAAUGAAAAUCAAGUAGAGUGAAGUCCUGCAAGUGAAGUUAUGUAGCAGUGUAAUACAUAUUUACAUAGGCCACUGAAUAUUUAUUUCUACAAUAACAAUACAUGUUUCUUAAAUUGCUGAUUUUAAACCAGUAUACAUGUUUUAGAUAAAUACUUCACCGGUGAAAAUAUGUAUUUGUACUUUCUUAAACAAAUUGCCCACAAAACAACUACCAAGCUAAGUAACUAUAAAGAUUUUUGUUCAUUGUCUAACAUGUCUUAAGCUGGGAUUUUUUAAAACAAUUUUAUUUGUUUGACAUAUUUAGUUGAAAUAUUUUUCUCCUUUUCUUAUCAUACAUUUACCAUUAUCAAAAAUAGGCUUUAUUUGUUUCAAUUUUCAUCCAACUUUUUAUUUUUUUUUAACUAUUUUUUUUUUUAUUUUAUUGUCUUUUGUUGUUUUUUUUUUAUUAAAUAUAAAUAAACAAUGUCAUUCAUAUGAUGAGAAUCAGCAACAUGAUAACCAUGAUUACCUUGGUGUCUAACUUGCAUGUAUAAAGUAUGCUAUUGUAUAUUAAAUGCUAUAUCUAAGGUUCAACAUUGUAUGUCUGAACUCUU